UCUUCAGGAAAUUGAUCCCCAUGUGCCUGUUCUUUAAAAAGCAGAUAAAAACCCGUGUCUCUCUGGCUAAUAUAGACUCUGCAAAGUUCAUACCCUCCCUUUUAAGGACUUCACAAUAAUUUCUCUUAAAGCAGAAAUAUUGAAGAACUUUAAGUCUGUUAAAGUCCUCUCUUCCAAUUCUGUCAUUGCUGUGGGGGGGGGGGAGCGGGUAGCUGAUAUGUUUCUCUUUUCUAUUAUGCAUACAAAGGACUGUGUCUCUCAGAAACUAUGCUUUGAUUCUGGAUUGGAUUCAUAGAAUGAGAGAUAAUAUACUUCCUUCCCUAGGUAAGCCACACAAACUUGGUUACUUCCACUAAGAAAAUGAUAGACUAUGAAUGGGGAGCCAAUAUAAAACAUGUUACAUUGUAUAAUAUUCAGAGACUCAUGUGGCACAUUUCACCUUUGAUUUACUCCUUAGGAACAAUAAGAUAAACCCAGUGCAGUCACUCCAAUUGUUGAGGAUGUGAGCACUGUAUGAUUUUAAAGUCACAGAUGUUAUUCCAUAAAUCUGGAUCAUUGACUCAAUCAAUUGUGAAAAUCUGGAUGAAAAUGCAGUACUUGCCAAAGACCACAGAUCUACUGAAGGUCAACAAUGAAAAACAGGACCACGCUCACUGAGUUUAUUCUGUUGGGCCUCACCAAUGAACCUGAGGUCCAGGUCAUGAUAUUCAUCUUUAUGUUUCUCACAUACAUGCUAAGUGUCCUAGGAAAUCUGACCAUCAUCAUACUCACACUGGUAGAUCCCCACCUCCAGACCCCCAUGUAUUUCUUCCUCCGGAAUUUUUCCUUCCUAGAAAUUUUCUUCACUUCCAUUUUCAUUCCCAGAUUUCUGACCAGUGUGACAACAGGAGAUAAAGCCAUCAGCUUUGCUGGAUGCUUGAUUCAAUAUUUUUUUGCAAUAUUCCUUGGGGCAACAGAGUUUUACCUCCUGGCCUCUAUGUCCUAUGAUCGCUAUGUGGCCAUCUGCAAACCCCUACAUUACCUGACCCUGAUGAGCAGUAGAGUCUGCAUACAACUCGUGUUCUGCUCCUGGCUGGGGGGACUCCUGGCUAUCUUAGCCCCAAUCUUCCUGAUGAGCCAGGUGGAUUUCUGUGCCUCCAAUGUGCUGAAUCACUAUUACUGUGACUACGGGCCCCUCCUGGAGCUUGCCUGCUCAGACACAAGCCUCUUAGAACUGGUGGUUAUCUUCUUGGCUGUUGUGACUCUGGUGGUUACACUGGUACUGGUGACACUUUCUUAUACAUACAUUAUUAGGACCAUUCUGAGGAUUCCUUCUGCCCAACAAAGGACAAAGGCUUUUUCCACUUGUUCCUCCCACUUGAUUGUCAUCUCCCUCUCUUAUGGCACCUGCAUGUUUAUGUACAUCAAUCCUUCUGCAAAAGAAGAAGGUGCUUUAAACAAAGGAAUAGCUGUGCUCAUUACUUCAGUUACUCCCUUGUUAAACCCCUUCAUUUACACUCUAAGAAAUCAGCAAGUGAAGAAAGCAUUCAAGGACACCAUCAAAAAGAUUGUGAAGCUUUAAAACAGAAUACAUUUUAAUGUAUGUAGUGUGCCAUAUUUAAGUUCUGAAAGGCCUUGGAGGAUAAAAAUAUGCAAGGAAUCUGUCCUAAUUUCAAGUAAUCUAUAAUCUAGUAUGACAGAAAUGUAUAUGAACUAUAAGUUUAUACUGUUAUUUUAAAAAUAAAAUAACAUGUUGUUAUUAGAGAAGGGUGAAUGAGAAUUUAUUUAACAAACAAUUGUAAAGAAUUAAUGGUUUUCCAGAGGUAACUUGAAUUUUAAAAAGAAAAACACAUUAUUUAUUUAGGAGAGUAGGAGGGUAAAUUUUGAGUAAAAAACAGUAGCCAAAUCAUGAAAGUAUUCAAUUACUAACUAUACAGUUACUUGAACUUUGAUGUGUCAAGAGUUUUAAUAAAGGAAGUGAUAUUGUCAUGCCUUGGCUGGUGGCUCAGUUGAUUGGAAGAUCAUCCCAUACACCAAAGGUUGUGGGUUCAACUCCUGGCCAGGGCACAUACAUAGGCUGUUGGUUUGAUCCACAGUUAGGGUAUGGAUGGGAGGUAACUGAUCAAUGUUUCUCUUUCACAUUGAUGUUUCUCUCUCUCUCUCUCUCUCUCUCUCUCUCUCAAAUCAAUAACAAAAUAUACUCAGGUAAAGGUUUUAAAAAAGAGAAUGAUGUUAUCAGCAUUUCUGAAGGAAACCUAGCAUUGGCAUUGU